AUGAAAGCCUCUCUGCUUCUCUUUCUCGGUCUCCUUUUGGUGCUCUUGGGUCCCCGUGAUCCUUGUAAGAUUAACCCCUGUAGAGGAACUGCUUCUUGUGUUAACCUGCAUUUUGACCGUUUCUGCUUGUGUUCAGAAGGCUAUUACUAUAACACUUCAUCAUGUGUGAAAGGAAAGACAUUCCCUGGAGAGCUUACAGUGAAGGUGCCUGAAUCACCUGGCUUGGAAGAUAAAAACUCCGAAGACUAUGAAAAGUUUCAUAACUACAUUCUCAACUUUCUUGGAAAUGCACUUAAUCAGUCUGAUUAUGGUUAUGGACAGACUAUAAUUCUUAAAGUGAGUGACUUACCUUCACUGUCAGCAAGAUCUGCAAUGCGUGCUGCUGAAAAGAUUGUCUACGUGUCAGUAGUAAACAUGUUUGCAGAAAGCACAACUCAAAAUGAAACUACUGUAGCUGCUGCCAUUGACAGGGCAGCUCAGGGCGGUGGAAACAUAACCAACUAUGCUGGACAAGAUUUGUGUGACUAUUACGGCUGUGAAAAGGACAAGAACAGCUGCCGGAAUGGUUUUCAAUGCCCAUGCAAACCUGGGCUAACAAGGCCAAACCUACUGAUUCCCUUUUGUCUUCGUCUUCAGUGUCCUGAGACCUGCAAAGCAGAAGACAAGAAGCAAUGCUUAAUGAAGGAUAACGGAGCACCGGAGUGUGUGUGCAUGCCAGGCUACCAGAAGACUACCGAUGAGAAGUGUGAAGAGUGUCCAUUUGGCUACAGCGGGAUGGAUUGCCAAGACGAAUUCCAGCUCAUCCUCACCAUCGUGGGCACCAUUGCUGGAGCCCUCAUCCUCAUCCUGCUGAUCGCACUGAUCGUCUCUUCGAGCUCAAAGAAGAAAAAGAAGAAUGUGGAAGAACAGAAUUUGAUUGAGAAUGACUUCCACAAUGUACGGAUGCAGCAAACCGGCUUCAGCAACUCCGGCUUCAGCAACCUUGGAGCAGACAACAGCAUCUUCCCCAAAGUCAGGACGGGGAUUCCCAGGCAGACCCAAAAUCCCUAUGGAAACCAGCGAAGCAUGCCUCACCCUGACUACUAGAAUGAUAAGAAUUUGGAGUCCUCCCUAGCCCAGCCCACACAAGCUGUGAUCUUGAGUGUUUAGAGGACAAGAGAAGUGGGCAGAGACAAAGGCCUGACCUCCAGGAUUCUCUCCACCCCAUCUCUCAAACCCUCUGAGUGUGGACCUGUGUGGAGAAUGCAGCUUGCUGAGGACACCUAUGAAAUUAAAUGCACAUAGACACUA